CGGAGGGCUUUGGCAGCGAUUACGCGGGGCUUCCGAGCGAUGGAAGAAGCUCUACCCACCGCAGUUCGCGCCGCUCCGCAUGUGUCGAGGGGAUUCUAAACGGAGGAAGAGAAAAUAAGAUGAAACCGAAAACGAGCCGCGUCUCCUAAACUCGACCAGACAAUGGAACGAGCUCCAUGCAGCAGUAACGACUCACCCCUGGGAAACAACUACGUAGGAAAUAAGAGCACCUGCAGAAGCACAUCAGUCAGCGCCGCCGGGGUCCCUGCGACUACGUGUGGCUGGAAACACAUGGUUUUACUGGAAUGCACGUUACUGAAAGCGUGAAGAAAGAGUAGCAGCGGUCGCGUAGGUGCAGCCUGUAAGAGAUUCUAUCAUUCACACAACUUCUGUGGGAUUCCGCUGCUCUGAGGCGGAGGAGGAGGUCGAGAGUUUCAUUUGAUUCAAACCGGACAGACUUACGAACGACCACUUUGUCAGCUGCACUCGUGAAGGAGCGAGUGCGAAGCCUCUGUGUGAGAACGCCGGCUAUGGAUUGCCCAGAGUGAACAGCUGAAAUUUCCUUUCCUCCAGUUACCUCAGUGUCUCCCCCGAAGCAGCUCUCUCUAACCGGCUGCAGUUCCGCAAGCUGCUCUGCUCUCUCUCUGUCUCUCCUUCUGUCUCUCUCUCUCCUCCUCUCUCUCUCCGCGGUAUUGUAACGUGAACUCAAGCCUCGCGUUGUGCUAAUCGAUAGCCACUGUCUGGAAAAAAUGGUCGCCUCGUCUCUAUGGUCUUAAACUAUUUUUUGGCUUACUUUUGGAUCUGCUGUAUCCCCAACGAGCCACAGAAGAAUCCAUCAUCACCACCCCGCAAGUCUGACAUCUCAGCAGGAAUUGUGCUAACGGUGGCCCAAAGCUCCUGAGCCUGCCAAAAUGUGCAGAUUAAACGCACUCGGGAUUUAUCUGUGGGAAACUAUAGUGUUUUUCAGCUUGGCAGCGUCCCAGCAAGCCGCAGCCAGGAAAGCUGCCUCCCCCAUGCCCCCUUCAGAAUUCUUGGACAAACUCAUGGGAAAAGUGUCUGGUUACGAUGCAAGAAUCAGACCUAAUUUUAAAGACCCACAAGGCUCCAAAUCGGAUGGUACUCACAAGAAAGGCCCCCCUGUGAACGUAACAUGCAACAUUUUUAUUAACAGUUUUGGAUCCAUUGCUGAAACAACAAUGGAUUACAGAGUGAACAUUUUCCUAAGACAGCAGUGGAAUGACCCGCGGCUGGCCUACAGCGAAUACCCCGACGACUCGCUCGACCUGGACCCCUCCAUGUUGGACUCCAUUUGGAAGCCUGAUCUCUUCUUCGCCAAUGAAAAAGGAGCCAAUUUCCACGAGGUCACCACCGACAACAAGCUACUGCGGAUCUCCAAGAACGGGAACGUGUUAUAUAGCAUAAGGAUAACACUGGUUCUGGCCUGCCCUAUGGACCUGAAGAAUUUUCCUAUGGAUGUGCAGACCUGUAUAAUGCAGCUGGAGAGCUUUGGCUACACGAUGAAUGAUCUGAUAUUCGAGUGGGAUGAGAAGGGGGCAGUGCAGGUGGCUGACGGACUGACGUUACCCCAGUUUAUUCUGAAGGAGGAGAAGGACCUGCGCUACUGCACCAAGCACUACAACACAGGGAAGUUCACGUGCAUCGAGGCUCGCUUCCAUCUGGAGAGGCAGAUGGGUUAUUACCUGAUUCAAAUGUACAUCCCCAGCCUGCUGAUUGUCAUCUUGUCAUGGGUGUCCUUCUGGAUCAACAUGGACGCAGCCCCUGCUCGUGUAGGCCUGGGCAUCACCACCGUGCUCACCAUGACCACCCAGAGCUCAGGGUCCAGAGCCUCUCUGCCUAAGGUCUCCUAUGUGAAAGCCAUCGACAUCUGGAUGGCCGUGUGCCUCCUGUUCGUCUUCUCUGCUCUGCUGGAGUACGCCGCCGUCAACUUCAUUGCCCGCCAGCACAAGGAGCUGCUGCGCUUCCAGCGGAGGAGGCGGCACCUCAAGGAGGACGAGGCAGGAGAAGGCCGUUUCAGCUUUGCUGCGUACGGCAUGGGCCCAGCGUGUCUGCAGGCCAAGGACGGCAUGGCCAUCAAGGGCAACAACAACAACGCCCCCACCUCCAGCAUCCCGCCUGAGAAGAGCGUGGAGGAGAUGCGUAAGCUGUUCAUCAGCCGCGCCAAGCGCAUCGACACCGUGUCCCGCGUGGCCUUCCCCCUCGUCUUCCUCAUUUUUAACAUUUUCUACUGGAUCAUUUACAAAAUCAUUCGCAGCGAGGAUAUUCACAAGCAGUAAAAACAAAGUCCUGACCGAAAAAGCCGCCGCUGUCGCCAACCACCACCCACCCCCUGCCCUCCUUUGCGCCCACUUCCUUUCCUCAACACUCACUUGCUUUUGGUGGCAAGUCCUUGGCAGAGGUAUUUACUGAUAUUCAUUUUCUUUUUUUUCUUUCGGCCCUCGUUCUCCUGAAUAAUCCGGACCUGUGCAAUAGCAAUGCAGUAAAAUGCAUGAUAUAUGAAUGUGGCAAUAUAUUUACUAAAAAAGAAAAAAAAAAUCAAAAUGACUACUUAAUAAGUAUUAGACUUUUACAGACACAUCUGGACUUCUGUGCAGAAGGAUGAAAUCUAAGGGGGGGGUUUGCUCUAGUGAGACUUUUUUCCAACUUGAAGACAUACUGCAGCAUUACUAGAAUAUGAAGGAGAGACAUGCAGCACUGUAAUAUAUCAUAUAUUUAAAACAAAACUGAAAUUUCUUCAAGAGAGGUUACUGGAAAUGGAAAGAUUACAGAUUAUGACACAGUUCGGUGCUUCCAUAAAUAAGUAAUGCAAGGGCCACUGAUGAAUAUAUAGAUGAAUGGUGAUGUCAUGAUGAAUUCCUGUCAUGAUGUCAAACUAGUGAUGGAAGCUUGAUGAAUGCCAGUCAAGAAAUAUUGUUUGUAACAAGCUGUGGUCAAUGUGUUCCUCUAUCUGUCCUUUAGACAUUUUGUUUUGUUUGUUUUGUCUGAUUAUAUGUCAUUUACUCAUGUGCCAAGUGAACAGCAUAUUGCUGUAACAUUUUUCGUCAGCUUUUGGGGUCAAAAAAUUUACCUGCACCCCUUCAUUGCUUUAUUAUACAUGGGCUUAUUCUGGAAAUGCUCUUUACUGAACAGGAGAGACACAUUUAAAAGACAUAAGACAUAUCUUCACUCUCAGCUCUGUUGGUCUGCAUUUACUUUUCACAGUGUAUUUGACAACAACCAGAAAAAAGACAUGAAGACUUGAAAUGGGGAAAGAAAGAAAAAAAAAAAAGUCAUUGCCUACCCCUCAUAAGUUUCACGUUUAAUGACUCAACCUCAGAAAAGUGUUAUUUUUAUAAGCAGCCAGUGCCAUCAUACACCUAAAAGUAUAUUUAACAGAAAAAUAUAUUUAACAACCAAAUGUGUAUUACUAUGUCUUUUAACUAUAAAACAAGCUAUGUAUUGUGCAGCAGAGUAAAUUAUUUGCAAUGUAUUUAAACACUGAUUUUGUUUACAACAUGCUUUGAUGGAAUACAUCCUCAUUUGGCUUCUCUAUGCAAGAACAAUAUAUGCAAUUAUUUUCAUUUGUUACCAUUCAAGAAGUAAAUAUGAUUAGUACUUUUUACAAGUGGCCAAUUCCACAUCACAUUGCCAUGUUUUAUAUGUAUUUAUUUAUAAAUCUAUAUAUUUAUUUAUUUGGCUCAACAAAGCACUCCAGACUUUAAAAAACCCAACUAUGCAUGGCAAGGCUAGCUUCUUUAUGUGGUGCGCAUUAUCCUUUGGCAAUUUUUCACUUUUCUAAUGUUUUGCUUUGAAUUCCUGAGACAUGCACAAGCAUAAGGAGCAAGAGGCUGUGUGUGAAUGAUGAUGUAUUACCAUUCCUGAGAUUUGUGCAGUGUUACAUUUCUUGCCAAAUUCUGUUUAUCCACUUUUGUUUUGUUUUCAGAGCCAAAGAGUAAUCGUGUUAAAAGUAUUGCCAUUGCCUUUCAGGUUUGGAAAUAAAUAACCUGAUGUAAGAGCUUCAUCUGUUAAUGAUAAAUAUGCAGAUAUUUUUUAUCUCUACAUUUUUGAUUUGUGUCAGUAUGUUGUUCAUGUGUUACUGUCCUUAUUUGUUUAGAAAAUCGAUAUAACUAACACCCAGGUUGUAACAUUUUCACAUUUUCAAAUCACUUCUGUAUAACAAGCAUAUGCUUAUAUUUUUCAGUGUUAUAGUGUAGAUAAAUAUGGAAUGGAAGUAAGAAGAUUAAGGGAUUGAGCAACAUUUUAUUUAAAGGCUACCUACAUGACAUAAAAUCUGCAUAAGCAGUAAAUGACAUUUAAACACCAAUACUUCAGUAUUUAUAAAAAGCUGUUUAGUGAUUAAUAAUCACUGAUGAAUUAUGGUAUUUUGGCCAUGAGAUAUCCUGGUUAGUGUGUUAUGCUGGAAUGACUUGGGUUCGUUGACACAUUUGCUCAUGUUUUAUGCUUUAGGUUUAUCGGUAGAACAGCUAUAAACAAAAUGCAUUUCCCUGAAAUAGGCUUGUGCUAAAUUUGAAGGGCUAUUUUAAAUUUUUGGGACAGGCACUGCUCAGAUUAAUUCACUUUUUUAAGCAUUAAAAAUCAGUUCAUCCAUUGUAAAUGAAUGUGUACUGCUUUAAAAAUGGGGUCAUGAAACUGCAGUCCUGGUGGGCUACAGAACGCACAGUUUAGUAUUUACCCAUUUCCAAACAGGCAAGUUAGCUUAUAAAAGGUUUAAUAAUUAGACUUUGAGUUAAAUUUGGUUUGCUGGGACAGAAAAAAACCUAAACUGGGCGGUUCUAUGCCCCAAGAACUGCAGAAAAAAACUAUUCCAAAUAGAGUUUCUUUUCACAUUAUAGUGCUGUUUGUAAUCAUAUAACACGGAACAUGCUUCAUUACCACCUGUUUGUUCUUGAUAUACCUUUUAUUGCUUUAUUAAGUACUGCAACAACCUGUUUAUUACAGUGAUCAGCGAUUCAUGCUUAACCCCAACAUUGGCAGCUGGAAUACUAGUCAAGUGAUGUAGGUUUUGAUCUUGACUCAACCUCAAUUAUCUUACAGAUGAAGGUCAUUUCCCUUCAUUCAUCAAAGUGUUCACGCUCUCAUCCACAUCAAUGAAGGGAUCCAUUCGAACAGAUAGAGGCACGCGAUGUAUAUUGUACAUUUGAAAUUUGCAAUAUUGCUUUAUACAUUUUAUGAUCAUUUUUGUCAGCUGUAAAGCAAAUCUGAAAGUGAACAACUUUAACAUGUCAAGAUUUGCAAAACUGAUGCUCAGUUCAGUGUUGCUGUUUCACAAAUUCCCUCAAUGAUAAACGCUGCUUAGAGCCACCUAACGUAACCAUGCUGCUGUAUUGUCCUUUAUGUGUAUGGCCACAGCCGGAGCCCCCACCGUCCCUCACCGCUAGCUACAGUUUUAGAGACUGGAGGAACCUGGAGCAGUUCACAGAAAAACUAAUACUGACCUGAGAAGAGGACAGUGCAAUGUGCAACAUCCGAUAACGUGCAACAGUGAACCCUUAUGAGGCGAAACGAUCAUGCGAAUAUCAAUUAAAUGUUUGCAUCGGUUCCUGAUAUGUUAAAUUUAUGAGGCAUGAUAUUGGUUUUGUUUACUUCUGUAUGAUUUUAUAUUUUCUGAUGUCACCUUCUUUGCCAUUUUACUGUCAACUAUCCAAGAAACGAUUCACUGAGAGUGACUAUGGGCAUGGCCGUUUCACUUGACCUCUGUACACAAAACUGUGGAGAAGGAUUUGUUUUUUGCACAAGCUGGUAUGGCCUUAAUUUUUUUGGGUUUACUUGCUUAUAUUGUGUAUUUGGCACUAAGUGCACCUCUUCAUUUGCUAAUUCUCAUAACCCAAGAGUGCACUUCCAGGCAGUGAAAAUUUCAGCAAAUCCUUUCUUUUUUUUAAUUUCUAAAUCUGAAACAUGGAAUAUUUUGCAUGAAUAUUAAAUUACAAUGGCAGAUAUUUUUGGCUUGUACAGAAAUGUGAGCAAUUUGAAGAAAAAAAAAGGAAUGUACAAUUUCUGCUGUAUCUGUAUAUAAUUAAAUAUUUAUUGAAUUAUGUCAUUAUGCUAAAGCUAAUUCUACUAUUAAAGGUUUUCUGAACAAAA